ACGCGUCUCUCUCUCUGGCUCUUUGUCGAGCUCUGGUUUUUCUGCUUUCGUUUCUGUUGGAAACAUUAUAGCUCGAAUUCCCACUUCUUGAAAAAUUCUCAUCCACGAAAACACGAUUUCUGUCACUGACUUUCCCUGGCUGCAGAUAACGAUUGCUGGGUGUCUUUCUGUUUGUGCCCAUUUCUUCUCCUUCUCCUUCUCCCACUUGUUGUUUGGUCUGGGUGGGUGGUUGCAGAAGCUGAUGGUAAAAUUGAUGUCAUGAGAAUCCAUCUCUCGUGGCUUUUUUAUCUAAGCAGCUUCAACACCCACCACCACCACCACCGACUUGACCUUUAAUACUUUCCCGUCAUCUUCCAUCUUGUUACCUUUCAAAGUCAACUUUUCCGUCUUUGUCUCUCUGUCUGUUUCUUUGAUUCUCUUUUCUAUUCUUAGUUUUUUUUCUCCCUUGUGCGGUGUUCAAACGUUUGUUCCGCUUGCAGCUACAAAUACAUGUUUUUUCCUCCUCCUAGCUCCUUGUUUCAUCUUUUCUAACAGUUCCCAAUUCUGGGUCAAUGGUCUUUGUGACUAAUCACGCAGAGGUCGUUUUUUUAAUAGUUUACGUUAGUCAUCUUGUCAUGUUUUCAGGCACGAAAGAUGGGUUGUGAUUAUUUGGAUUGCUGGAGGGUCGCAAAUACAAAAGCUCCAAUUUUUUUCCUUUCUCAUUGGUGGGACUUUCACGAACAGAAGAAUUUUCUUUUCGUCUGGUCACAUAAUUGAGAGUUUCCUUCCAAAUUGGCAUUCAAAGGGUUUAGCCCAAUUUCAUUGGAAGGGGUAUCAUGCACGAUCCAAAAAGUUGUCUUUCUUGUGUUUGUGAAAUGGACCAACCCAUGAAUGUUUAUUUUUCUGUGGUUUUCUUGUAUUCAUUUUGAUUCAAAGUUGUGAAUUUACUCUGUUUGAUGAUGGAUUUGGAGAAAAUUGAGGGAGUUGGUGGUGUGAAGGAAGAGGGCAAUGUGGUCCCAAAGGGGAAGGGGAGUGGGAGUCUGAGCAGCAAAGACUUGUAUCUGAGAGCUGAUAAGUUUGAUCUAAAAAGCUUGGACAUACAGCUUGAGAAGCAUCUAAGCAGGGUUUGGUCAAGAAGCAUUGAGAACCAAAAGCCUAAAGAAGAGUGGGAGAUUGAUUUGGCAAAACUGGACACAAGAUAUGUCAUUGCUCAUGGUACCCAUGGUACUGUCUACAGGGGCACCUAUGAUAACCAGGAUGUUGCAGUGAAGUUGUUAGACUGGGGCGAGGAUGGUAUCGCAACAUUGGCUGAAACUGCUGCCUUGCGGGCAUCGUUUCAGCAAGAAGUUGCCGUGUGGCACAAGCUUGACCAUCCUAAUGUUACCAAAUUUGUUGGAGCAUCAAUGGGGACUUCCAAUCUUAAGAUUCCAUCAAAUACCCCUUCAAACGAGCCUCCGAAUUCACUUCCUGCUAGAGCUUCUUGUGUGGUCGUAGAGUAUCUUCCCGGUGGGACCUUAAAACAGUACCUGAUAAGGAAUAGGCGAAAGAAACUUCCCUUCAAAAUUGUUAUCCAGCUAGCUUUAGAUCUUUCUAGAGGUUUGAGCUAUCUACAUUCGAAGAAGAUUGUACAUCGGGAUGUCAAAACGGAAAACAUGCUGUUGGAUGGCCGCAGAAAUCUAAAAAUUGCUGAUUUUGGCGUAGCGCGUGUUGAAGCUCAAAAUCCAAGGGAUAUGACCGGUGAAACCGGUACCCUUGGUUACAUGGCUCCUGAGGUUCUUGACGGUAAGCCAUAUAACAGAAGAUGUGACGUCUAUAGCUUCGGCAUAUGCUUAUGGGAAAUUUAUUGCUGCGAUAUGCCGUAUCCUGAUCUAAGUUUCGCUGAUGUGUCAUCUGCUGUGGUUCGACAGAACGUGCGACCUGAAAUACCGAGAUGCUGUCCCAGUUCUUUGGCGAACAUCAUGCGUAAGUGCUGGGACGGAAAUUCAAGGAAGCGUCCCGAAAUGGAGGAGGUGGUUAGGAUGUUGGAAGCGAUAGAUACAAGCAAAGGAGGAGGUAUGAUACCUGAAGAUCAGGCUCCGAAUUGUAUCUGCUUUGGUCCUGCCCGAGGACCCUGAUUUCAGUUCGGCGAUCCACAAUCGAAUUACCCUUUAGAGCAAGUCUAAAGAUAUAUAUAUUUUUUUGAGAAAUCUGUGACGAGUACUUGAAUGAAUGCGCUAUUGCGUGACUUUGGUACUUGAUGAUGCUUUGAAUUCUACUAUAUUCUCGGAAAA